UUUCUUCGUUCGUUCUAUUGAAAAUUAGUUUCAAUUUUGGUUUAAUCAAGUUAUGAAGGCAAUUAUUCAUGAUGAUACUGUCGUUCGUGAAAUCGAGGGACAGCGUGUGCAGGUGCUUCAAAAGUUUGCCGAUUUUGAACUGAAAGCUAUUAACAAACGAAGUUCGAUCAUCCAAUCGCGUCAACUGCAAGUCUACCUCAGGUCAGCGGCUGAGUUCAAGCAGGUUAUCGAGUCACUGAUUGAAUCAUCUGAAGCAGUAGUUACUAGUCAAUGUUCUGAAAGUUCCAUUCGCGGACAGAAAGUUAUUGGGCGUCUACAACAAGAAGCUGAUGGAAAGCACAAUAAUUUGCCAAUGUUGGAGAACGAGGCCGCCCGUCUUUUGAAAGAAGGUCACUAUGCUUCGGAUGAGAUUCAGAAGACCUUCAACAAUGUUCUAUCUCGAUGGGAGUAUCUGCUGAAGCUUCUCGCUUUGAAAUGGCGCCAACUUGAAAAGGAGAUUGAAUCCAUUGAAUUCAAAAACAAGUGUGAUUCCAUUGUUGACUGGAUUUUGAAAAUAAAAGAAUCGGACGAAUCUGGAAAAGAAAUUUUCGACGAAAUUCGGAAGUGUUCCAUGGUUUGGAAUGAAAUAUCUGCUACCUUCCAACAAAUGCUUGAUCCCACUGCAACUGAUACGAGCAACUAUGAAAAAGUGCAUGAAACUUGGUCCAACUUCCAGGAAUACAUCGAUUCUCUACACAAGAAGCUUAGCGAAAAUGAGCGCUUCCAAAAGUUUGUUGAUAAUGCAGAAGAUUUGAUCAAAUGGAUGGAUGACAAGGAGAAAGAGAUUUGUGAGAAGUAUUCAAAAAUGGAUUUUGAAGUUAUGAUGAAGUAUCGGAAAACAGUUGAGAUUGAAAUGAAGAGUGUAGAGCAACGGAUUAAAGAUCUCAAGGAACAAUUUGUUGGUAUGGAAAAUGAUAAUCUUCGGAACAUCCCGGAUCCGAAGAAUCACGUCAUCGAUGUUGAGCAACGUUUUGAGUCAUUCCAAGCUUUCGUUCAAAAGUGGAAAACCGAUAUAGAGAACUCUGCCGAUGCCGACAAAUUGAUGAAAGAAGCUGAAAACAUCUGCUGUUGGUCAUCUGAAAAAAUUGAAGAUUUGAAGAUAAUGGCGACUUCAGAUACGCCGGAUUGCGAUGAAAUUAUCAUGUGGAUUGAAACAAAUAAUUUUGAUUUUAAUUCUUGGGAUAAUGUUGUUGUUCAGUUCCUUGCAAGUUCUCAGGAACUUCUAAAUAAACAGAACAAUGGAAACGUUAAACAAGAAGUUGAAAGAACAACUGAACUUUAUGAGUUGGCAAAGAGAACUAUGAAGACUUGCAAUGAGUUUUUGGAGGAUCGUAUCCAAACUAUCAAUAUGGAGAAGCUCAUCUUUCAAACUCAUCAAAAAGCUGUCAUUCUUGCAUCAUUUCUUCAAAAUCACGAAGAAAGCCCGGAAGAUAUGAACGCUGAAGAUAUUGAAAAGGAGAUUCGCGUAAUCGAUGGCAUCACUGUUCGUUGUACUUCCGUUGUUGAGCAGAUCGAGAAUAUUGAGGACGAGCUGCGUCAGAAGCCAGAACAACUCAACCAGCUGAGCGUAUACGCGUCGAAACAAGUGAACGAUUUAAACGAGAUGAAAGAAGUUCUGAAAACGACUGUCAAUUCUAGAAAAGCUAUCCUACAGCGUCUUCUCGAUGUCACGUACUUUCUCGAUAACUGUUGUGAAACUAGAAAACACACUGAUACCAUGCUCAGCAACGUGAAAAGCAGUAGAGUCAAGCUCGAAAUCGUGCAACCUAUUAAGGAUCAGCUGGAUUCUUUGAAAGUAGAGAUGGUGGAUAUGAUGUUGGAUGAUCAGCAAAAGAACAUGGCGAAUGAAGAACUCAGAAAAACUUAUGAAAAUCUGAAAAAGAUUGAAAUGGAAGUCGGUAGACAGGCAAGCCAGAAAGAAGCUAGAAAGGCAGCUGACAGAACAGAAGCCUUCGUUGGAAGAGUACAAAAUUGGAUUGAUAACAAUCAGAUUCAGGAUGAUACCGAUAUCGUUUCUGAAACUGUGAAUCUCCGACGUACUACCACUCAUUAUCAACAUCUGUUGUCAAUCUGUGCUUCGUAUAAGAAAUCAAUUGAUUCAAAACUAGAAGAGUUGGCCAACGUUUAUACUGAUAAUGAUCCAAGAUGCCUUCUCGAAGGAAUUCAGAAUUCUGUUGAAAACUUUGAAGUGAAGAUUCACCAAAAAGUAGAUGAUACAAAGAAACUUUUGCACAUCACUGAAAACAUGAACGAACUGAAUUCACAAAACGAAUGGAUCAGGGCUAAAAUCAAGUCGCUAAGUGCGGAACCUCUCUGGGAUUCACUGUUAAUUGCCCAGAAAAUGAGAAGACGCCACGAUAACGAUUUCGAAGAAAUUGCAAAUCGUCGAAAACAAAUUACUGAGGUAAUCCAGAAGAGUGCGACAACGAAAGAUCAACCGAUACUUCUUGAGAUUGAACAAAAUUGGGAUCGAAUGAAGGAUUUGUUUGACGAACGAGGAGGUGUUCUUGAAAGAAUUAUCAAAUUGUACGAAUAUGAUGAAGAGUCAUCGACAACAUCAGAAUGGCUUCGUGAAAAAAUGAUAUGUGCCGAUACAAUCGAACCUAAAGAAGACGAAUCAUUCAAUGAAGUUAUGGUCAAAAAGUUGGAAGCCUUGACUGAGGAAGUUGAGAAUUACAAACCUAGAAUCGUUGAAACACAUGCUCUUCUUGAAGACGCACUGGUCACUCCAAACACAAAAGAUUCUACCUCUCAGCAAACAAUGAAAUUGAAAGCUGUACUGGCUCGAAAGCAGGGAGAAAUUGAAUCUGAUUACAAAGCAUUGAAGAAACUUGUGGAGAGAAAGCUGAAAACACUCAAAGCAAUUCUACAGGAUGCAGACAUUUCUCAUCAAAUUGCUGAUAUAGAGCAGUGGAUUGAGGUUGAGCAGAAUCAGUUGAACAGAUAUUUGGCAUCCGAUUCCGAUGAGCUGCCCACAAAGUUAGAUGAUGUAAUGACGAAUAUUCAAAGAAGACGUUCCAAUCUCACCGAUAUCAAGUGCAAUGUAGUUGGACAAGUACAAAUGCAAAAGAUUGACGACGCAUUCGGUAUGCUUGAUGUUUUCUCGUUUGAAGUCCACCGUAUUCGCCAAAAAGCAUGCCGUCUCGAGAUAUUCAAGAAGUUGGAGAGCCAGACUGAAGAUGUGAUUGACGCCAUCCAAAUGAAACUUGAAGAAAUUAAUGUUUCUCAAAGCACUAGUAGAAAGCGACAAGUUGCUGGUGAUGAUCUGUCGAACCUCGCCGGUGAUCUGGAAACACUCAGAAGACGCGUCGUUGAAGCUCUUGACAGAUCAAAGGAAGUGAGAGCAGCCAAUGCUGAUUUGGCUCCACAAGUGUAUGACACCGAAGAAAGACUUGAAAAGCAGUGGACGGAUGUUAGUAAGGCCUAUGAAAAUCAUAAAAAACGAAUGGAGCGCUGUAAAAUUCUUUCCGAAUUAGACAAUGAGAUGAUCAAUAUGGAGCAAUGGAUUGAUACGUUCAACGAGGAGGUUACUGUAGUUAUUGGAAGUAUCCAUGAUGGUCUUGGAGUACAAGUUGGUUUAGAAUCCAUUGAUACGUGGAGAGAAGAACUAUCUCAUCGUGUGGAUCAACUUGGAGGUGUCAAAAACUCUCUUUCCUCUGUUGGCAAUGCAAUCACAGAACAAGAUAAAAUGGAUCCUUGGCUCGAGAGAGUGUCUAAUAUUGAGAAUAAUCUAGUGAAAGCUCGUGAAACAAUCGACACGAAACAGGACGACCUCUGCAGAUUCGCGGAUAUUCUAGGCGCUGAGCGGGAUUGUGAACGACUCUAUUCGUGGGCUUCUGGCAAAAGACAUCAGUUGGAGACAGAAGCAACAAUGUGUGAUGCAAAGACAUUGGUUCGGAGAAUGAAUGAAGUGGAAAAGAUGAUGAUGAGUAGAAUAGGUGAAGUUGAUCAAUUGCGAGAUUUUUUGGAUAAUCUGAAAGCAUCAAAAACGUCCGACACUUUCCAAACAACUGAGCUGGAAAAUAAAUUCGAACUGUUGGAUGUGGAAUGGAACCAUUUGGAAGAAGAAUUGAGAAGGAGAGAAGUAGAUUUGAAUGAUUCCAUGUCACAGAUUCUAAUCGAUGAGCAAUUUGACACAAUUCGACAAUGGAUUAAGGAACGCACCGAAGCACUAGAAGCUGAUGUGGAAGUCUCGAACAAGACAAAGCCUGAUGAUAUUGAAAGAAUGCAAAAGAGACACGAUGAGCUAGCUUCCGAUAUCAACGAUUAUCACACAAUCUAUGAAGAUUUUCUCAACAAUGGCCAGGUUGAAGAGGAAAAAGUUCAAGUAAUUCGUCACCUAUGGAGCAGCCUCAUUGAAUCGUCAACAACACGCCAGAAAUCGCUUGCACAAGAAUGUCAAAAAAGCCGCCUUUUUGAACUUCUAGAUGGCAUGAGCAUUUGGCUGAUUGAUGCUGAAACAGAUGUUCACUCCACUACAAACUUCAUUGGCUUGUAUAACUCUGUAGAUGCUGAAAAAGCUUCACGUCUUUUGGUAUCUCUAGGAGAGCAAGCUGGAGAAAAGGAUGAUAUCUUGAUACGUAUUCAAUGUGAUGAAUCUGUGGAUGUUAUUGUGGAGAAGUUGCGUAACGGAAUCUCACAGUUGCAAAUGCUAAUUAAAGCAAAUAAUGAAGAUUUGGAUGUCUGGAAAAGCAUGCAAAAAGUUGUCACAGCAAUUGAUGAUGAGAUAUGUUGGUUCAAAGAGAUCAAUGUAAUCUUCUCAAGUACAAACGUUGGUAAUGAUGUUUCUUCAAAUGAUGUACUUAAGCGGAAGCAUCAACGUCUUCAACUGGAAACGCAGCGUCGAGAACAAAAAGUGGCAAAAGUCGUCUAUCUCACAACUGAGCUAGUGUCAAGUCAUCGACGUCCAUCCCUUGAAUAUAAAUUUGUCGAAAUCGAUGAGAAAGUGGCUGAAUUGACAGAACUACUGGAGAGCAAUCGUCAAAUUGCGGAGAUUCGUACGAACCGGCUCGAAAAGUGGACGGAGUACUUUGUGACAAUGAAUGAAAUCCGUGAGAAAGAGCAACUUCUCGAUCAAAUUCUCGAUCUCAAAACAGGCCUACCAGAAACAGUGCUAGCUGAUGUUGAACGAAAGCUUCAAGUUUUGGAAACAGUUGGAGAUCAUAUGGACACAUUGACGAUCAAAGCUGAACAGAUGUCAGAUGAUGAAGUGAUUCGAACGAAGGUUGCUGUAACAGCAAUCGAUCAAUUGCGAAAGAAAUGGUUGAAAAUGAAUGAAGAACUGAAGAAAAUGCAUCAGAAGAUCAAGGAGUCAAUUGAAUUCACAAAGUUUGUUUCUACAUGCGACACUGGUAUUCAAUGCAUUCGUGAGCAGGAAGAGAAGAUCGGAAAUCUGGUCAGGCAUCAGAAACCUGCCAGCAAUUUUGAAAACACCGCAUAUCAUUCUACCAUGACUUUCGUUGAAACCUACACCAAAGAUACAUUUGAGAAGCUCAAAGUUGUAUGCCGUAAGCUUCAAAAUUCUACCGAUGCCGAAAAGAAGCUGUCACUUGUUUCGGAAAGAUUGAAUGCACUCAAGAAGCAACUCGAUUUACUUGCUGAAAAGAUUGCAGUGGAUGACAAGUUUAAACUGAAAGUUCAGAACAUUCAGGAUGAAUAUUCUAGAACAGCAUGUGAACUCGGAAACUGGCUGGAACAGGCUGAAGAGGAUGUCUCUGAUGUUGUUUGGUUCCAGACAAAAGAUUCUUCGGAAGAUUGCCGAGAAACACUUCUCGAGAUCCUGGGAACACUUCGAAACGAAAAAUCGGAUCUACUAGGAGAGCUGGAAUUACUCGAAGUUGAACUUGCCGAACUGAAAGAAGACGUGAAAACGUUCACUUGGCAUUCCUUCAAAACUUUGGCAACCCGAAUGGAGCGACUUGAUCAAACGAUUUCCGACCGUAUUAGAAUUGCUGAUGGAGAGAUCAGUCGACACUCCGAUAAUGAAAAAAUCUGCGAACAAGCCGCUUGUACCCUCAAAACGUACCAUAAUGUCAUCGUGGAUGUGAAGAAGGAGCUGGAGAUUCUUUAUAGUUUGAAAUUAGAAGAUCAGAAGAAGAGCCUUAUUAAUCUGAUUGAUAAGGUACAGAAACGUGGAAUGAUUCAAGAUCUGGAAAAGUGGAGAAGUCUUAUGGAAUCUCGUUACAUCUUCAAUAACAAAUUCUCUUCUGCCACACCACAUGGAGUUCUUGUCGAAAUGUGUCAAUGUCUUGAGCUGAUGAGUUCAAUGCUGCGAUCUGUGGAGCAAUCAAUUGCAGAUAGAAAUCACAACGGAGUCACUGAGAAACAGCUUCACGAGUUUGAAUUAGCCUUUGAUUAUUUCGAUCGAGAAAGGAAUGGAUGGUUGGAUUAUAAACAUUUCGAGUUGUGCCUUAAAUCUCAAGGAUAUAACUUUUCUGCUGAAAAUACUCUCAAAGAGACGAUGACCCUCUUGGAUCCAUCCACAACUGGUCAUAUUCAGAAGCAUGACUACGUGCGUUAUAUGGUGAAGCAUGAGACAACAAACAUUCUUGACGAUCAUUCAGCCAUUGAAGAUGCUUUGAAGAACCUGGAUGCUAGGAAGAUUUCUGAUAGUAUGCCUCGAAAAGAAGCUGAAUUCUUCAUGAGCAAGAUUGCAAAGCACGCCGAGACCAGCUCAGACCAAGUUUACCUGGAAUAUAAGGAUUUCGUUAACAGUUUUUAUUAAAUUAUUAUAUGAUCAAAUAAAAUAUAUUUUAAUGGUCAAUUAUCAAUAUUUUUUGUAAU